AACCAAUGACAGAGCUGACUAAUAUCAGCUGUCCCGUUCCGACAGUCCUUCCAACUCCCACUGAAUAUAUGGUUGAGAUUGAAAUUGACACAUUGAAUGCAGCAGUGCUUAAUCAGCUGAGAACUCUUCUGAAGAGCUUCGGUUUGCCCGUUGUAAUAAGUGACGCUCAGAUCACUGAACUCAACAUCACUACAGCAUGUCUUUUGAAUAAUACUGGAUACCAGUGCCGGUGUGAGGAUCAGUAUUUCUGGCCGUGUAACAAGUGCGCAGCAUAUGGACCCUGUGACAACAUAAAUAACGUCACAUGUGGAUGCAUCAAUGCUUUUCCAAAUGAUGGACAGUUCUGCCAACCAAUGACAGAGCUGACCAACAUCACUCCAUGCCCAACUCCAUCACCAACAGUGCCUUCCUCUCCAAUUGAAUAUAUGAUUGAGAUUGAGAUUGACACAUUGGACGCAGCAGUGCUUAAUCAGCUGAGAACUGUUCUGAAGAACCUCAGUUUACCCUUCGGAAUAAGUGACGUUCAGAUCAAUGAACUCAACGUCACUACAGUGUGUCUUUCGAAUAAUACUGGAUACCAGUGCCGGUGUGAGGAUCAGUAUUUCUGGCCGUGUAACAAGUGUGCAGCAUAUGGACCCUGUGACAACGUUAAUAACGUCACAUGUGGAUGCAUCAGAGCUGUUCCAGUUGAUGGACAGUUCUGCCAACCAAUGACAGAGCUGACCAACAUCACUCCAUGCCCAACUCCAUCACCAACAGUGCCUUCAUCUCCCUCUGAGUAUAUGAUUGAGAUGGAGAUUGACACGGUGGAUGCAGCACUUGUUAAUGAACUGAGAACUCUUCUGAAGAGCUUCAGUUUACCCUACAUAAUAAGUGACGUUCAGAUCAAUGAACUCAACAUCACUACAGUGCCUUCAUCUCCCGCUGAGUAUAUGAUUGAGAUGGAGAUUGACACGGUGGAUGCAGCACUUGUUAAUGAACUGAGAACUGUUCUGAAGAACCUCAGUUUACCCUUCGGAAUAAGUGACGUUCAGAUCAAUGAACUCAACAUCACUACAGGGACCAGUACUCUAAGUACUAGCACAGGGACCACUGCUCCAGACAUGUCCACAGGGACCACUGCCCCAAAUACUACUGCAGGGUCCACUGCUCCAAAUACUACCACAGGGACCACUGCCCCAUAUACUACCCCAGGGACCACUGCUCCAAACAUGACCACAAGGACUACUGUUCCAGAUAUGACCACAGGGACCACUGCCCCAGAUACUACCACAGGGACCACUGCUCUAGAUACUACCGAAGUGACCACUGCUCCAGACAUGACCGCUGGGUCCACUGCUCCAGACACGACCACAGGGACCACUGCUCCAGAUACUACCAAAGUGACCACUGCUCCAGAUACUACCACUGUGCCCACUGCUCCAGACACGACCACAGAAACCACUGCUCUAAAGACUACCACAAGGAUCAGUGCUCCAGUUCCAACCACAGGGGUCAUUGUUCCAGUUCCAACCACAGAGGUCAUUGUUCCAGUUCCAACCACAGGGGUCAUUGUUCCAGUUCCAACCACAGGGGUCAUUGUUCCAGUUCCAACCACAGAGGUCAUUGUUCCAGUUCCAACUGCACCAGCAGAAUACACUAUAACUUUAUCGCUGACCAUAGAUGAAACGUUUGACAACUCACUCACGGUCAAAAGCAGUCCAAAGUACCAAAAGUACAGCACAGACAUCACAAGUUCAGUUGACAGUGCUUACAGUGCCAAACUUUCUUCAUACAAAGCUGGUUCUGCGAAGGUUAUUCAGUUCAGGCCUGGCAGUGUGAUAGCAGACUUCACUAUUACAACAACAAGUAAUACACUUGAUUUUAGUGCAGCAAACAAACAAUUAGUUUCUGCUCUCAGUGGAACUUACAGAGUAACUGAAGAUUCAUUUGCUCAAACUGUGGAAAAUGGCUUAUAUGAUCGCAAAGGCAACAUUUACCCUGGCAAAGAUAUAGAUUUGACCUGUAAUCCUCCAGCCUUAAGUACUGGAGGAAUAACCUGGAGUUUCAAUGAUAAAAUCAUCUCAACAGAAGUAGAUUCUAGUCAAUAUCAAAUCAGUGCUGACAGAAAAACACUCACCGUGAAAAGCACCAGUGAUCAGGACAGUGGUAAAUACGCAUGCAAAACGACCUUAAACUCAAUUCCCUACAUAAUCUGGCAAAAGAUGGUAAUUCAGCCAUUGCCCAAUAUCAGAGCGACCACCUCAAAAACUAUUUACUGUGAUGGAUCACCAAUCACACAGGAGUGCUGCGCUGAGAACAGCUACAAGACUAAGUGGAGCCUGAUCACUUCAUCUGGACCACAGCAGCUAACAGACCCAACGAUAGGCUGCAGCUCAUAUUCGUACCCAGGUUUCAGUGAAGCGGACUGUAAGGACGGUGACAAAAUUGUGACUUUCCUAUGGGAAGUCUUUGACCUCAAUGGAGACCUUUCUAAAACAAACCGCGUCAGAAUUACUGCAACAGGAAAAAGUUUGGACUGCUACGAUAAACAAUUUGGAGCUGGAAAAUUAAACGACCUACAGACUGGUUCUUGUGAUGUGGAUAGCGUUGGCACUGUGACAGCUCUCUGUACAUUCAGCACAACAGACAAAGGUACCUGGAAGAUUGUGGAAGAUAACUGCAUCCUGCGUGCUCUUCAAGAACUGAUAGACAAAUCUGAGAAUUUACAAGUUGCAGACGUCCCACAGUUUACAGCUGACCUCCGGGAUGCCACCGAAUCCAAUUCUGCUAAGAUAACAGAGUCUGAACAGAAUGUCUUAACAGUUGUCCUCCUAAUGACAGUAAUUGCCAAUGUGUCACAGUCAUUUAUAGUUGACAAGUCCAUCAUGACGGAUUUUCUGAAAACAUCAGAUGUCAUUUCAGCAACAAAUGCACGGAAUAUAUGGGAGCAAUUAAACAAAAAGAAUACAACUCAGAAGACAAGCUCGGACCUUCUGAAGUCAACUGAGGAAAUUGGAGGCAGACUCACAGAUGACAGUUUUAGCAUAUCAACAAACAGUACUCAACUGGAGAGAACUAAAACUUAUGGUCCAUUUUUUGGAACAUUUGGCGUAAAUUCCACUACACAGAUAGAUAUUCCAGAGCUUAAUGGACAGACAUUGAUCACCACCAUAGUUUUCUCAGCCUAUGACAAUGUCCUGCCUGUUCGAAAUGCAACUUACAAUGACAAUAAAAAUGUCAGUACAAAUGACAGUAUAUAUGACAGUAAAACUGACACUACAAUCAAUGGAGAUGUGGUGGCGGUCAUCGUGAACAAUACAGUUUACAACAUCUCUCUUACCUUUGAUAUUAAAAAUGAGUCACUGAGAAACCCUCAGUGUGUCUUUUGGAACUACAGUCUUUUGGAUGGGGAUGGAGGAUGGGACUCAACUGGAUGUGAAAUAAAGCCUUUAGUGAAUCAAACUGGCAAGUUUAAGUGUGAAUGCAACCACACAACCUCAUUCUCGAUCCUGAUGUCGCCAUUUUUUGUGGAUAAUCUUGCCCUGGCCUUUAUAACUUUCAUCUGUGUCGGCAUUUCGAUAAUCUGCUUAAUUUUGGCCCUCAUUAUUGAAAUCAUCGUCUGGAAGCCCUUGACCAGGAAUGAAACAUCCUACAUGCGCCACGUCUCCAUAGUCAACAUCGCUCUGUCCCUCCUGAUUGCGGACAUAUGCUUCAUCAUUGGAGCAGCUAUUGUUAAAGACGGAGAACAGACACCAGUGGGUCCCUGCAGUACAGCAACGUUCUUCAUGCACUUCUUUUACCUUGCUCUCUUCUUCUGGAUGUUAUUCUCAGCACUCCUGCUCCUCUACCGCACCAUUAUGGUGUUUGCUAGAAUGUCUAAGUCCAUUAUGAUGGCCAUCGCAUUCUUUGUUGGCUAUGGGGCCCCAUUACUCAUAGCUGUCAUCACUGUGGCAGUAACAGCUGGAGGUGGAGGAUACAUCCAGGAAAAGAACGCCUGUUGGCUGAACUGGUUCAAAACUAAGGCCCUCCUGGCGUUUGUGAUUCCUGCUCUGACUAUUGUAGCUGUAAACCUCCUGGUGCUUGUUGUGGUGUUAUACAAGAUGUUAAGGAGGGGAAUUGGUAACAUCUCUCAGCCAGAUGAGAAACAUCCCUUAUUGAUGAUCGCCAAAUGUGUGGCCAUUUUAACCCCUCUCUUUGGUCUGACCUGGGGAUUUGGCAUCGGGACCAUGGUGUCAUCUGCUUUAGGGAUUCACAUUGUGUUUGCCCUCCUCAAUUCACUGCAGGGUUUCUUUGUUUUGGUAUUUGGAAUUCUGCUGGACAGCAAGAUCCGUGAGGCACUGGCAGAACGGUUGAAACUAAAGAAUCUUAAGAAUCUUACCUUUAGCGGCACAAGGAGUACAAGUGCAGGUCCAUCAUCUUCAAGUGGGCCGAGACGCAAUCGGAGGUCAAGGAAUGGAUACCACGUAUCAAGCGGCAGUGGAUCCUCUGCAGUUUCAUCUUCAAGCAUUGCGGAUACAGUUACCAAUACUUAGUGCACCCCACAAAAGUUGUUGAUGAUAGAUACUCAGAAAAGACCCAGGAUGAAGAUGAUUCCACUUAAAAUCAUUAAUUUGAAUUCAUUUGAUUGAUUACUUGAAGAAUUUGUGUGACAAAAGCUAUGAAAUGAAUUUCACCAGCAUAAUUGGUUAACUUUUUAAAACUUCUACAGUUUACAGAUGUCUCAGAAAUACCUGUUACACAAUUCAUUAACUAUUAACAAGCAAAUAACAAUGCCCUUGUAAAUUGAAACGUA